AUGUCGGCCCUUGUGGCGCUAUGCAGAGCUCGAGCUUCUUCUUCUUCUUCUUUGUUCAAUAACAUUGUUCGUCCAGCAUUUCGCAGUUUCUCCACAGGUUUUGGUGAUGUGCAAAACAAAACACUUAUGGCAGAAAUGGAAGAAAAGAUGCUCCACAUGGACAUCAACUCAAUGAUAGGAAGUUCCAUGCCACUAGGCAUGAUGCGCAUAGGAACUAUCAUCCACAACAUCGAGAUGAACCCUGGGCAAGGCGCCAAGCUAGUCCGAGCUGCAGGAACAAACGCCAAGAUCCUCAAGGAGCCAGCUUCAGGAAGAUGCUUGAUAAAGCUUCCAUCAGGGGACACCAGGUGGAUCAACGCCAGAUGUCGUGCUACCAUUGGUACAGUCUCAAACCCGUCUCAUGGAGUGAAGAAGCUGUAUAAAGCAGGGCAGAGCAGGUGGCUGGGGAUAAGACCCAAAGUGAGAGGUGUGGCGAUGAAUCCUUGUGAUCAUCCACAUGGUGGUGGUGAAGGGAAAAGCAAGAGUAGUGGAAGCAGAGGAAGGACUUCUGUUAGCCCUUGGGGGAAACCGUGUAAAGGGGGUUACAAGUCAGCUAGUGUCAAGAAGAAGAAGAAGAGAUUAGCAGCUAGAGAAGCCAAGAUGUGA